UUAUAACAGCGUGGUGCUGCUUCUGGCAGAUCGCUGGGCUGCCUGCAGAGCCACGGGCAGCAGCCAAUCCUCCUCACCAUGAUUCUCCUCCUGCAGUACUUCUUCAUGCUGGCCACAGACCUGGUGCUGGCCAUGACCCUCUCGUGCCUCUUCUACACCUUCGCGUGCGCCUCCAUUGCGUUGCUGACCUGCUGCGCCAUCGUCUUCUCCUUCGGCAGCGCCGAGAGGAGCGCCGACGUCAAAGGGAGAGCCAUCGUCAUCCUAGUGUCCAACAGCUCCAUCGGCAGGAUGUUUGCAAGGAACCUGGACAGAGCAGGCUUCGGGGUGUCUGCUGCUCAGUGGCCUGCCCGGGAGGAGAGGACAGUGACACAAGAGUGCCCAUCCAACAAGGAGGUAGCCCAGCUGCACCUGACCGAAGAUGAGUAUCAGAAGACAGUGAAAACCUUCAUAGAAAGCCACUUAUCCCUGAAAGGCAUGUACGGGCAGAUGAGGAAGCCGUCCAUCCUGAUCUGGGACGAGGGGGCUGCGGACACACAAGCGUCCUGCGAGGGCAGGAGCGCUCCCAGGGCGCCCCGCAGGAACCGCCUGCUGCGCACAGCAGCUCUCUGCAUCUCAGUCCUGUGUCACCCAGUGACCUGUGUCCUGACUCUCCUGAAGAGAAGCCCACAGCUGCUUGUGCCUCUGCUGAAGCCCAGAAAGUGACAGCCAGCAAGGCAACCCGCUGGGCACUGCACACUGGCACUGCCACACCACAAUGGAAAACGGAGCGUAGCUGGGAUCACAAGUGACAAACUCCUUGCAGCAGGGGAUUAUGAGCAGUGACUUCAAUUGCAAGCCAACAAAAAACCGUGGAUGAAGACAGACAACACCUUCAGAACCAUGACACAGGUCUGCAGCUCCCUUGCAAGUCUAAUCUGUAAGGAAGAGAACCCCAAGACAUUGAAAUUUUGGGUUGUUCAUUACAGUGCUGUACUGUGCACACUGGGAUAUGCACAGAGGAAAAAACAUCUGGGGGUGAAAGGAAAUAAA